ACAGUCCUGUGAGAUCGGCACGGUCUCACAAUCUGUCUGAUCGUGACUUCAGUCUACCCGCAGCAGCACAACUUCGACGCCGUCAGCUGCCGGACUUGAUUUUUCCUUAAUUUCUUAGAGUUUAUAACCCAACAACUCUCUCAAAAUGUCCGACGAUGAGGAAUACUCUUCUGAAGAAGAGGAGGUCGUCGAGGAGACUCAUGAGCAGCCAGCUGCCAAGUCCGAGGGAGAGGCCGGAGAUCCUGAAUUCGUCAAGCGUCAGGAUCAGAAGCGCUCUGAGUUGGAUGAACAGCUGAAGGAGUACAUCAAUGAGUGGCGCAAGCAGCGAGCAAAGGAGGAGGAUGAGUUGAAGAAAUUAAAGGAGAAACAAGCCAAGCGCAAGGUAACUCGCGCUGAGGAGGAGCAAAGGAUGGCUCAGCGCAAGAAGGAGGAGGAGGAGCGUCGCGUGCGUGAGAUUGAGGAGAAGAAACAACGCGACAUUGAGGAGAAGAGGCAGCGCCUGGAGGAGGCCGAGAAGAAGCGCCAGGCCAUGGUGCAGGCCAUGAAGGACAAGGACAAGAAGGGACCCAACUUCACCAUCACCAAACGUGACACCAGCAGCAAAACCAUCGGAGAUAUAAACAUGUCCGCUCAGAUGGAUCGUAACAAGACCAAAGAGCAGUUGGAGGAGGAGAAGAAGAUUUCUCUGUCUUUCCGCAUCAAACCCUUGGACUUGGCUGGAUUGAAUGAAUCCAAGCUCCGUACUAAGGCUCAGGAACUCUGGGAGACCAUCGUCAAGCUGGAAACUGAGAAGUAUGACUUGGAGGAGAGACAAAAGCGUCAGGACUACGACUUGAAAGAAUUGAAGGAAAGACAGAAGCAACAGCUGCGACACAAGGCUCUCAAGAAGGGUCUCGACCCAGAAGCCCUGACAGGAAAAUACCCACCCAAAAUUCAAGUCGCCUCCAAAUAUGAACGACGCGUUGACACCCGCUCUUAUGACGACAAGAAGAAACUCUUUGAAGGCGGCUUUGAAACCCUCAACAAGGAGUUCCUUGAGAAAACCUGGCAUGAAAAGAAAGAUGAGUUUGGUGGUCGUCAGAAGACCAAGCUGCCCAAGUGGUUCGGUGAGCGACCUGGCAAGAAGGCUGGAGAUGCUGAGACCCCCGAAGGCGAGGAGGAAGGCAAAGCUGACGACAUCGAGGAGGAUGAGGUUGAGGAGGUGGCCGUAGAGGAAGUUGAGGAGGAGGUCGUUGAGGAAGAGGAGGAGGAAGAGGAGGAGGAGGAAGAGGAGGAAGAGGAGGAGGAGGAGGAGGAAGAGGAGGAAUAAAUCCUCGGUAAAAAAAUACACCGUUCCCCCCUCCCAAGAAUCUCUUAUUUCUCUUUGUCUAUCCAACAAGAAAAGAAGAAAAUUUGUUAAAAAUAAAUAAUAUGCCGCUGAAUUAUAUUAUUGUACAAUUUCUUUUCCUUUCGUAAAGAAAAACAAAAAAAAGUCUUUUACUUAUUAAACACUAUCAGAUUCUCUGUCACAAGCACAGCUCUCUGUAAGAAGAUAUUAAGGAACAAUUAUAUUUUGUGCAAGGAGAAAAAGAGAACUAAAAAAUUACUUAUAAAUAAAAAAAAUUUUCAUUAUUA